AUGUCCUGCCCUGCCCUGUCCUGCCUUGCUCUGCCCUGUGCCCUGGCUAGCAGGUGCCCCGGAAGCUUGAAAAACAACGAACACGAAGUAUCCGUAACGGAUGUCGAGUCCUGGGCAACUGUCCGCGGACCCAAGACUGAGCACACCUUCUCGCUGGCAACUGCCGAAUGGCAACGGUUUUCCGACGACGCAGCUAGCGUCUACCUCAGUGUCGCAGUUGAGUCUGCGGCACGGCUGGUUGCGGCGAGCGAAUUGGGGGCUAGCUUGAGCCUGGCGAGUCUGGACCGCCAGAGACCGCUGGGGUUCUUGGAGUGGAGCGGGAACCGUGGCACCAAGCCAGCCCGCGAGGACGAGGACGAGGACGAGGUCAGGUCGAGGUCAUCAAUUGCGACACGAGGCGAGAAAGAGGAGGAGAAAAGGGCGAUUGACCGCAAAAGACUUGACGCCAAGAGACGCCAAGAGACCCGACGAGACGGAUAG